AAGCAACAAAACCACGCAAGGAGUAGGUAGCUGUCAGAUCUUUUCGAGCCUUCAGCAGAAGCUUCGAAAAAAUAGGUAUCGUCGCCACAGAUUGAAACUAUAUUACAUCGGCUGGUGCAAUUGAAAUCAGGCAGGUUCCAUGCGUAAAUAGUGCGAAAAUUUUAUAAUCGGCAAGGUCAAGAAUAAACUGUUUGUCUAUAUGAACAGUAAAAUCCGAUUAUUGUUCUCAAUUGGGUGGUGGUGAUCCUGCGGCUCAAAGGUGUUUUUGAAGUGAAAGGAGGUGUAGGGGAAAAUAGAAGGAUUCGAUUAGAUAGUUCCAGGAACCUUCGAAAUUGGAUUCACAGGUUGUAUUGCAAACAACCUGUACCAUAGCAACAAAAAUUGUCCUUCAGUAAACUUAUUUUUUACAAACACACCCUCCUGAUAGAUAUCAAGCAAACAAUAUGGCCUCCAGCAUUGGCUCGGUGUCAACCAACACCAAGAAGACAUCCACGACAGCAACCGGCCAAACGGGCGGCACCGGCCGGAAGAAGUCUGGUCCGAAAUUCGAGCUCACGGAUGAACAAAGGCAGGACAUAAAAGAGGCAUUCGACCUAUUCGACUCCGAAGGAACCGGAAUGAUCGAUACCAAAGAGCUCAAGGUGGCAAUCCGAGCGCUGGGAUUCGAACCGAAGAAGGAGGAAAUCAAAAAGAUGAUCGCUGAAAUCGAUAAGGAUGGCACCGGGAAGAUUUCAUUCGAAGACUUUCUAUCGCUGAUGACGGUCAAAAUGGCUGAAAAGGAUUCCAAGGAGGAAAUCUUGAAAGCCUUCCGUCUGUUCGACGACGACGAGACGGGUACGAUUUCGUUCAAAAAUCUCAAGCGGGUGGCCAAAGAGUUGGGUGAAAAUUUAACCGACGAAGAACUGCAGGAAAUGAUCGAUGAAGCCGAUCGCGACGGGGAUGGCGAGGUCAACCAGGAAGAAUUUUUGAGGAUUAUGAAGAAAACUAGUCUCUAUUAGGAGGAUUAUCUAUCCGCUUAAGCUAUUCAGAGUACCUUUGUAGAAGUUCCGUUAGAGGAAAUGCAUUUUUGCGACACAGCAGUCACACAAAACUAUCGUUAAUAUUAAGUUCAUGAUAAUUGCCGCACUACUUUUCAAUAAAUCUUAAUGAUAAUAAAUUAGUCACUAUUCGAGUAAUUUAAAA